GCCAAACUAAUCUGAAGAGUCCACAGGAUAUUCGGGUCUAUGCUGUAAAUACAAAUUUCACUCUAAGGUGGAACUACACAGGGAAUGACACCAAUGUGACAUUUUCAGCAGAAUACCGGUGGUUUGAAGAUUUUGAACCAAAUGAAACAGAAUGGAAGGAGUUGUCUGGGUGUCAAAAUGUUACUGGCAGGGAAUGUGACUUUUCCUCAGCAGUAACUGAAUACUAUGAUACACAUCAUCUGCGUAUAAGGGCUGAAAGAGGGGAAGAGGCAUCUCCAUGGUCUGACAUUUUUGAAAUGAUUCCAUACUUUAUAGCUCAGAUUGGGCCCCCAGGAAUAGAGUUGCAAUCUACAAAUGGAGUAAUAAAAAUUAAAGUUUCUCCUCCAGAAGCAAAUCGAGCCCAAAAAAUGUGGGUGGCUCAUAGUUUUAAAUAUAAUCUAGUUAUCUGGAAAAAUUCAUCAAAUGCAGAGUUGAGAACUCGAAGUAUUUUUCCUACAGAUGUAAUUUAUGACCUUGCCCCAGAUACUACCUAUUGUUUGAAGGUUCAAGCCACUCUUCCUUUGGACUCACAGGAAGGCUUAUUCAGUCCCAUUCGUUGUGUAGAAACUACCCAUAAAGUGAAUGAUCCACUCUGUGCAACAAACGUGAGGGUUCUUGCUUUGAAUAUGAAAUUUCAUCUGCACUGGAGUAAUCGGUAUAAACAACAUGUGAGCUACAAUGUACAGUAUCUCCUGGGGUAUCUAAAGAAACUUCAUGAGGAUUACUCAAUGAAGUGGCUCAGUGUACCUGGGUGUGAAAACAUCACUGAUACACAAUGCAAUUUCUCGUCUGUCAUUGCUACUUCUGGAUUUUAUUAUCUUCGUGUGCAGGCCAUGGGUGAAUAUAAUGAAUCAUGUUUUUCUGAUGAAGUAAAAGUAGAUCCUCUGAUAACAAAUGAAAUUGGCCCUCCUGGUGUAAAGGUGGACAUCAGUGAUGUUUUGCUCCAUAUCCAGAUUUCUCCCCCAGGAGGAUCUGAGAAUGAAGUCAUGAGGGAUCAUUAUGACUUGUCUUACCGGCUUCUGUAUUGGAAGAAUUCAUCAAAUAGUGAGGAAGAAAUCAAAAUGAAAGAGAUAAAACAGACAAUAGGGACAGUCUCUGAUCUAACACCCUCCAGUUUGUACUGUGUAAAAGCACAAGCAUUCUCAGAAGUUUACAACAAAAGCAGUCGUUUCAGCAAAGAGGAAUGCAUCAAAACACCUGGAGAUAAAAUUUCAUCUCUGAUCAUUUUAGCAACAUUUGUAACUGCCCUGAUUGCUGUCUUGCUUGUGGCUGUGCCAUUCAUUUUUGUCCUAUAUCAAGCCUACAGUAAAAUCAAAUACGUGUUCUUUCCAUCAUGCCAACCUCCGUUGAACAUAGAGAGUUUUGGAGGACAGCUCUUGAGCAGUCCUUAUCUGUCAACUAUGGAAGAACCAAUCGAGAAUUGUUCUAUAAUUGAGACUAUCGCCACAGAAGAAGCAAAUCAAAUUGAUUCUGAUGACUAUCAACAUUCUAAACAGAGCAGUCGAGAUUCAGGAAAUUACUCUAAUGAUGACAAUACUUCAGGGAGCAAAGCAUCAGAAGAAACGUUACAGAAGGAAAUAGUAUAG